CACAGCGAAGAGAUCGCGGCGCCGAAAACCCCCAAAACCCUCGCUUUGGCGAUUAGAGCUAGCUGGGAAGGCCACAGCGAAGAGAUCGCGGCGCCGAAAACCCCCAAAACCCUCGCUUUGGCGAUUAGAGCUAGCUGGGAAGGCCACAGCGAAGAGAUCGCGGCGCCGAAAACCCCCAAAACCCUCGCUUUGGCGAUUAGAGCUAGCUGGGAAGGCCACAGCGAAGAGAUCGCGGCGCCGAAAACCCCCAAAACCCUCGCUUUGGCGAUUAGAGCUAGCUGGGAAGGCCACGAAGAGGUAGCGGCGUACAGAGACCCCCAACUUCUGCACUUCUCCUACCAGAAUCCAUUGCCAGAAUCCGUUGAGCAAGAUGUCGGAUCUGGCGGCUUCAGGCAUGUUCCUACCGUCUCAAACGGUAGGUACCGUCCUCUGUUGCAUCUGCGGCGUCCCCAUAUCGCCAAAUCCAGCAAACAUGUGCGUCCGCUGUCUCCGCUCCCGGGUAGACAUCACUGAAGGCCUCCCACGCCACGCUUCCCUCGUCUAUUGCCCCGAGUGUCGCAGCUACUUGCAACCCCCGCGCACCUGGAUUCGCGCUGAUCUUGAAUCCAAAGAGCUCCUCUCGUUCUGCCUUCGCCGCCUCAAACCCCUCACCCGCCAUUUUCGCAUCGUCAACGCUGAGUUUGUGUGGACCGAGCCCCACUCCAAGCGCAUUAAGCUCCGCCUCCGAGUCCAGAGAGAGGCCCUCAAUGGCGCCAUCCUAGAGCAAUCCCACCUCAUUGAAUUCACGCAGCACGAUAACCUCUGCGAGUCAUGUUCCCGCUCCCAAGCCAAUCCUGACCAGUGGGUUGCCGCAGUUCAACUCCGCCAGCAUGUCUCCCACCGUCGUUCCUUUUUCCAUCUGGAGCAACUGAUCCUUCAUCAUGGCGCAGCAGCGCGAACUCUCCGCAUCAAAGAGGCUGAUCGUGGUAUCGAUUUCUUCUUUGGAAAUCGUAGCCAUGCCAUCAAGUUCGUUGAUUUCAUCUCCAGCUCUGUUCCUGUUCAGUCAAGGUGUGAUAAGCAGCUGGUAUCCCAUGAUACCAAGAGCAACACGUACAACUACAAGCAUACCUUUUCUGUUGAGAUCUGCCCCAUUUGUAGGGAAGACUUGAUCUGCCUCCCACCCAAGGUUGCAAACACUCUCGGUAACAUUGGUCCACUUGUUCUCUGCACCAAGGUGAGUAGUAGCAUCACCUUAUUAAAUCCAUUCACCCUAAGAACUGUUUUCCUUGAUGCAAAACAAUACUGGGGAUCACCCUUUAAGGCCCUGCUUUCAAGUCGGCAACUUGUUGAGUAUAUUGUAUUGGAUAUAGAGAUGGAGUCCUCAGAGAUGGCUGUUGGGGGAUCAAAGUAUGCAUUGGCUUAUGUGCAAGUGGCAAGGGUUUCUGAUUUCGGGAAGAAUGAUAAUAUAUUCACUGUGAAGACACAUAUUGGGCAUCUUUUGAAUACAGGAGAUUAUGCACUUGGAUACGAUCUUUAUGGAGCCAAUAUAAAUGAUUUUGAGAUCGACAAGUAUAAAGGACUUGAUUUACCUAAUGUGAUUCUUGUGAAGAAAAGCUAUGAAGAAAAGCGGCAAAAGAAGCGUGGAAAGGGUCGUUCUUGGAAGCUGAAGAGCUUGAACAUAGAGAUUGACUACACCAAAGGGAAAAUGGAUGAGGAGAAGAGGACUGAUGAUUAUGAGGUUUUCUUGAGGGAGUUAGAGGAGAACCCAGAAUUGAGGUUUAACAUUUCACUCUAUCGCGACAAUGAUUAUCAACCUUCAGAGAUGACUUCUACUGUUGGAGGAGAUGAGCUUCCUUCUAUUCCAAUAGAUGAGUUGAUUGCUGAGCUUGCAAUCAGUGAUGAAGAUGAUCACAAUUCUGAUAGCAUGGCAGAUUGAUAUGGAUGGAAAGCA